AUGAUUUCAAAAUCUGAGAACAAUCAAUUGAAAUUCUCUAUUCGAAAUUUAAUUGAGACAACAACAUCAUCAUGUGAAAAACAAGAUAAAGGAGUGUCAAAUCCAACAAUAAAUCGUUCUUUAAAACGAACGGUUGUUGAAUCUGAUUCAUUAUCAUCAAUAGCUAGUCCUAUUCCAUUACUUAAACCAAAAUUUCCUCAUCCAUGUUGGUCAUUUUUAUCACAAAUAGCCAAUAAAAAUACAAAUGCAAAUAUUCCAUUAAAUUCUUCGUUAAUAUUUCUAAAUAAAAUGAAUCAAGUUUGGCAACAAAUGCAACGCACACAAAUAUCGCCAUCAAUAACAACAAUAGCAAGUUCAACAACGGAAAAUGAUGAUGUGUCCGACGAAGAGACUUACAUGGACACAUCAUCAAUACGUCGUCAUAAUGAACUUGAUGAUGAUGAGGACGAGGACGACGAAGAAAUCGACGAUGAAGAUGAAGACGAUGAAAUAGAAGAAGGUGAAUGCUCAACGAGCACUGGUGAUGAUAAACAUAAUACAGCAUUGAACAGUGACGAUAAUGAUAAACUUAAAAAUUAUCCAUGUGCACAAUGUGGCAAAGUAUUUACUGCUCAAUAUAAUUUAGUUCGACAUAUGCCAGUGCAUACAGGCAUUCGUCCGUUUAUUUGCAAGAUUUGUGGUAAAGGUUUUCGACAGGCAUCAACACUUUGUCGUCAUAAAAUAAUUCAUACAUCUGAAAAACCACAUGCGUGUCGUAUUUGUGGUAAAGCAUUUAAUCGUUCGUCAACGCUCAAUACACAUAUGCGUAUUCAUCAAAAUUUUAAACCAUGGAUUUGUGAAUUUUGUGGUAAAGGAUUUCAUCAAAAAGGUAAUUGGAAAAAUCAUAAAUUAACUCAUUCAACUAUAAAACAGUAUCAAUGUUCAAUAUGUUCAAAAGCUUUUCAUCAAAUAUAUAAUUUAAAAUUUCAUAUGUAUACACAUUCAGAAAUCAAACCCUAUUCAUGUAUGAUAUGUUCAAAAGGAUUCUGUCGAAAUUUCGAUUUAAAAAAACACAUGAGAAAUGUUCAUGUGAGUAGUACAAGUACAAAUGUAAACAUGAAAAUGAAUUCAAAUCACUGUGGUGAAAACGAAGACGAGGAUGAUGAUGAGGAUGAUUGUCAUUGA